AUGUCGCAACACAUUCGGAUCGGCGUCUUCAUUCCCAGCGGCGCGCAGACGCUGGACACGGCGUGCGUCGAUGUUCUCGGCGUCAUGUCCAAGGAAUACCUCUCAGCCAUUCCGAUGCUGCCAUCACACGUGUCGGACAUUGCACCGAGGGUGACGAUUUCGUACAUAACCACGCCGACGCAGGGUACGCUGAUCCCCCUGACGUCGGGCAUGACUAUCAAGGCAACGCACGACUACACUGAUGCCGAGGUGGCACCGGGCAAGCUCGACCUGGUCGUGGUGCCGGGUCCGGACCCGGCGGCCGAGUUUGACCAGGCGGCCCUCGAUUGGCUGGCGCGGCAGGCGAGGACGGUAGGGGUCGACGUCUUGAGCAUCUGCACGGGCAUCUUCGUCUGUGGCGCGGCGGGCAUCGUCGAUGGGAAGCGCGCGAGCGGCCCGCGAGGUUUGCAGGACAUGCUGAAGUCACGCUUCCCCCUCAUACGGCUGGUGGGGAACGAGUAUCGGUGGGUGCAGGAUGGUAACUUUUGGUCCAGCGGCGGCGUCACGAACGGCAACGACCUGAUGGCGGCUUACGCGCGGGCCAGCGGCAAGCAUUGGCCGGCGUCUGUGGCCGAGAUUGGCAUCCAGCUGACCGAAGUCGGCGAUCGUGGGCAGUUCUACGGCGAGGGGAGGAGCCUGUUCAUGGCUGGAUUUGCGUGGCAACUGCUCAAGGCCUGGUUUGCCUACUUUCGAGCUCCGGCGAAGGGAGAAGGCUCCGGCGAGAUGAAGAAGGGGCAAUGA